UCCAAUUCUGCCGUUCAGUUGCUUCGACCAACUGCCGUCCUGUCCGCCGCGCCGUCGUGCAGUUUGCUCGGAUCGUCGUCGUCUUCUCUCAGUGUAUGUAAUCACUCAUCUCUUCUCAACAACCUCCAAAUAAUAGCUUUCCGAUAUCUCAAUACCAAUCACAACCCCUCUCAUUUCGCAAUGAUUAACAUUUCCAACCAUAGACAAAAUUUACUACUCAAAUGCGUGUCUUUCUCCAAAACAUUAUGCACAAACGAACCUAUUCAUGACAUUGAAGAAUUAACUGAAACAGUGUCUAAGGUUAUGAUGUCUAAUCCUGCAAUCACACUUGACACUGCUCUUAAUCAAACAGGGAUUAGGGUUUCACCUGAAUUAGUCGAAACCGUCCUCAAAAGGUUCGAAAAUGCCGGUAUGUCCGCAUAUCGGUUCUUCGAAUGGGCUGAUAAGCAGCGGAAUUAUUCACACACUGUAAAAGCAUAUCACUUGAUGAUUGAGUCUUUGGCAAAGAUUAGACAGUAUCAGAUUGUGUGGGAUCUUGUUAAUUCAAUGAGGAAAAAGGGUAUGGUAAAUGUUGAAACUUUUUGUAUUAUCAUGAGAAAAUAUGCUAGGGCUCAUAAGGUAGAUGAAGCUGUUUAUACUUUUAAUGUUAUGGAUAAAUAUGAUACACCGCAGAAUCUAGCUGCUUUUAAUGGUUUGUUGAGUGCUUUGUGUAAGUCUAGGAAUAUUAGGAAGGCUCAGGAGAUUUUUGAUAGUAUGAAGGGUCGGUUUGAGCCGGAUUCAAAAACUUAUAGUAUAUUGCUUGACGGGUGGGGAAGGGAACCGAAUCUUCCCAAAGCAAGAGAGGUUUUUGGUGAGAUGAUUUGUGCAGGGUGUGAUCCUGAUAUUGUUACUUAUGGUAUAAUGGUUGAUAUUCUUUGUAAGGCUGGAAGGGUUGAUGAAGCUGUUGAGGUUGUCAAGGAAAUGGACGAUAACAAUUGCAGGCCCACGACGUUUAUUUAUAGCGUACUUGUUCAUGCUUAUGGAGUGGAGAAUCGGAUUGAGGAUGCUAUUGAUACAUUCAUGGAAAUGGAAAGGAAUGGAAUUGAUGCAGAUGUUGUGGUGUAUAAUGCCUUGAUUGGUGCUUUUUGUAAGGCAAACAAAUUGAAAAAUGUUUAUCGGGUUUUGAAAGAGAUGGAAAGCAAUGGUAUUGCUCCCAAUUCAAGGACCUGCAAUGUUAUCAUGAGCAGUUUGAUUAGUCAGGGAGAGACUGAUAAAGCUUUUAGUGUCUUCCGCCGGAUGAUCAAGCUGUGUCAACCGGAUGCUGACACCUAUACAAUGCUGAUAAAGAUGUUCUGUGAGAAAAAUGAAGUGGAGAUGGCUCUAAAAAUAUGGAAGUAUAUGAAGUCAAAACGGUUUGUCCCAAGCUUGCACACCUUUUCUGCUCUUAUCAAUGGAUUGUGUGCAAAGGGUAAUGUUAUGAAAGCUUGUAUUUUACUCGAAGAGAUGAUAGAGAAGGGAAUUCGACCAUCACGUAUUACAUUUGGGAAGUUAAGACAAUUACUUAUAAAGGAAGGGAGAGAGGAUGUGCUCAAAUUUCUGCAUGAGAAAAUAAAUAUUCUUGUUAAGGAACCUUUGUACGAUUAAAAGCCGGGGAAGGCAACUAGCAAUUAGAAACAUCUAAAGAAUGAUAUAUGUAGUGUUGACUGAUUUUGCAGUCAAUCGACAGUUGCAGUUUUAACCAUCAGUUUGACCUCACGUUGUGAAAUAUAUUGACCGUUGUUCUAUGAUGCUGGAGGAGAAGUUUUGAAAAUUUGAAUGAAGAGUUCAACAAUUGAUAUAUUUACUUCUGUUAGCUUGAUGGUACUGCUUAAAAUAUGGAAAAAGUAAUGAUUAGGUCUUCAUACAUCUUCCUAGUAUAUUAAUCUAGGUAAAAACAAAGUACACAUUAUAAUUCUUGACAUCUUCAUGACUAUUCAUUCUUUUUUGUUGAUUUCUUUAGAGAAACUUUAAACUUCCCCAGAAAUCUCAAUGCUAUGGGCGAUGUUUUUGUAUUUGAGUUUAGAUCUGCUAAAAAUCUGGAAAUGGAAUUCUGGUUUGUAUAUACAUUAUUAUAUGUUACAUGCAUGCUGUUUUUCCUAAAUAUUAUGAAUAUUUUUAUCUACUGGAAUUUUAUUUGGAAAAAUUAACUAUGGAGGUCAAUGUUAUGUAGUGUUUUUGUUAAUAAUUUUAGUUGUUAGAAUCAUGUCAUUGUCUAUCUGUGUGUUAUUGUUUUGGUCUCUUUGUUUUUCCUAGAUUCAGUAUUGUGUACAUCCCAAAUCACUGAUAGUUAUUUCUUUCCAUAAAAUUUAUUUAUUAUUUAAGAAUAUUGUCAGAAACCUAUACGCUAAUACUGAAACUAUAAACCUUCAAUCUCAGAUACAAAAAUUAUCAACCCUAAACUCUCAAUACUAAACAUUAAGUCCAUUUUAUUGUAUCAUUUUGUUUCCAAAAUGAAUUAUUUCUGUUUUAAUUUUUUUAACCAUUUUGGUUAUAAUAAUUUACUAGAAACCCAAUUGUUAUCUCCCCUGAAUCCGAAGGCGACGAUGACAGCAAUGGAUCUGAGUAUCACUGUGAACUUUGUUCUUCUGUCAUUACUGAUGUGAUGAUAUCUCUGGUGAUGCGGAAAUGGUGGACUACCAAUGGGAGCUGGAAGUUACUCGAGCUUUGGCUUCAAGGAAAAAAAAAAACCAAGUCAUGCAAUGAAGCAUUGUGAAGACAGCACAGAUAUGGUUUUUAUUUAUCAAGAGUUUUUGCAAAAGAAGGAGGUGCUAAAUGUCAAUUGAAAUUUACAUUAUACCACCAAAAUUAAGUAUCUAUUAAGAGUUUUUGCAAAAGGAAGGAGGUACUAAAUGUCCGUCAUUGCUAAGAAAAUAUGUGAAGGUUCAAUUGUCUAACAUAGAGGACUCUAUGUCCAUGGUGUUGAUCAAGAGGAGGAUGAUUUUGUGGUAGAGCCACCAACAUACACAGCCAAAAUAACUGUGAGACUGAUUUGUUAUCAGUUCUAUUGGAAGAGCGCAGGUAGGAAAAAUUUCUCAUCUUUAGUGCAGUUGGAAUGGAAAUGUCUGAUUAUCUUGGAGUUGGAGUACAGAAAAAUCUACAGGCACUAGUUGUGUCUAUUUAGGAACUGCAUCUUUGGAAGGAUAUUGGAUUUUUAAAAGCAUGCGCCGGCGAAGACAUAUGCAGAGGCCGUGCAAUGAGAGAGCCAGUGGUAUAGAGGCUGUUGGGGGUAGCAACUAGCAACAAGAUGCAUGUGCAACUUUUCCAAAAAACAAGGAAAAAAUCGUUGAAUUUUUGCAAUCCACAACUACAAGGAAUUCAUGAUAACACUCCAAUUAAAUGCAUGCUCAGAUUCCUUUUGUAAUUUAUAAUCACAUCAACUAGCAGCUGUUUGAUUUUCAUCUUUUUGUUGUUCGUCUCGGUAGGAGCCAAGCUCCAUACAUAACAUUGUCAUAUUUCUUUUACUUGGAUACAUUACAUAUUGAAAGGAAGAGGAAUUAUAAACUACACAUUGUAAGAAGGGGAAACAACCCUUUGUUUUAUAAUGAAUUCAAUACAAUUUAUGUCCAUUA